UCCCAUUUUUUUUUUCCCCUUCCUUUCCUUCCUUCCUUCCUUCGCCUUCCGCUUUCGAUUCUUGGGGCAGCUAAUCCUCCCAGAUUGCGCGAAAACUCUCCCCCUCCUUUUCUUCCUUGUCGAUCGAAGUCGGAGGUCUUCUUCCCCCACCGUCGUUUCGCGAUCUCUGGAACUGCCGGCAGUUUUUGCUUUCCAGAGGAUAGAUAAUCAGGCCUGGCUCUGGAUAGCUACUUAGACUCCGUUCACCAAGGGGCUGCACCCCCUAUGGUCCCAUCACGUGCAACUGGAGGCUUGACCCAGUCUUCCUCGAGUUCAGGAAUCUAUUACCAGGGGGAUGGACAGUCCCAUACUGUAGUUAAUUCUCACUUGAGCUCUUCAUUCGGUAACUCCUCUAAUUCGGUACCUGGAACUGGGCGCCCUAGUCUAGGAACGGUUUCAGGGGACAUGAACAAUGUAGUUUUGAAUAGCGUGGCAAACUCAGGACCAAGUGUUGGGGCGAGCUCUUUGGUUACGGAUGCUAAUUCUGCACUCUCAGGAGGGCCACAUUUGCAGAGAAGUGCAAGUAUCAAUACGGAUUCUUAUAUGCGUUUGCCAGCAUCACCAAUGUCUUUUUCUUCGAAUAACAUCAGUAUGUCGGCUUCAUCAGUUAUGGAUGCAUCCUCUGUAGCUCAGCAGAACUCUCAUCAAGAACAGACACCCCCAGUUCAACAGAAUCAACAACAGCAACAAGGGGCUUCUACUGCUACGUCAUUACCUGCAUCACAAACUGGGCAAGUGUUGCUGCCCAUGGGUGCAAGAAUGCCUGGCUCUUUCAUGCAGGACCCGAAUAACCUAUCUCAGGUGCAGAAGAAACCACGGGUGGACAUUAAGCAAGAAGACAUAAUCCAGCAGCAUGUCUUACAGCAACUGUUGCAGAGACAGGAUGCCAUGCAGUUACAAGGGCGUAAUCCUCAGUUGCAAGCAUUACUGCUGCAGCAAAGACGACAACAACAGCAACAAUUUCUUCAAUCAAUGCCACAUAUGCAGAGGGCCCAUUUGCAGCAGCAACAGCAGCAGCAGCAGCAGCAACUUCAGUUGAGGCAGCAGCUGCAGCAACAGGGCAUUCAAUCAAUCAAUGCCUUUAAGCGCCCCUAUGAUAGCGGUGUAUGUGCUCGUCGGUUGAUGCAAUAUCUUUAUCAUCAGCGACAACAGACUCCGGUAAAUGCUAUUGCCUAUUGGAGGAAGUUUGUGGCAGAAUAUUAUUCACCUCGAGCAAAGAAAAGGUGGUGCUUGUCAUUAUACGACAAUGUUGGACAACAUGCACUUGGUGUUUUUCCUCAGGCCGCUAUGGAUGCAUGGCACUGCGACAUUUGUGGUUCCAAGUCUGGAAGGGGAUUUGAGGCCACUUUUGAAGUACUACCUAGGCUUAAUGAAAUCAAAUUUGGCAGUGGUGUCCUUGAUGAACUUCUUUUUCUGGACAUGCCUAAAGAAGUCAGGUUUCCCUCAGGGAUAAUGGUGUUAGAGUAUGGAAAAGCUGUUCAGGAGAGUGUGUACGAGCAACUUCGUGUUGUUCGUGAGGGUCAGCUUCGUAUCACAUUUGCUAAUGAUCUCAAGAUACUGUCGUGGGAAUUCUGUGCCCGUCGUCAUGAAGAACUUCUUCCUCGGCGCUUGGUUGCCCCACAGGUAAACCAGUUGGUCCAGGUUGCGCAAAAGUGUCAGAGCACAAUUGCUGAGAGUGGAGCUGAUGGGGUGUCCCAACAGGAUCUACAAACAAACAGUAACAUGGUCCUGACAGCUGGACGUCAGCUUGCCAAGAGUCUGGAGUUGCAGUCACUCAAUGACCUGGGAUUUUCCAAAAGAUAUGUGAGGUGUUUGCAGAUCUCUGAGGUUGUCAACAGCAUGAAGGAUCUCAUAGAUUUCUGUCGGGAGAGCAAAGUUGGCCCUGUUGAGGGUUUGAAAAGUUUCACUCAACAGGCCUCAGCUGCAAAACUCCAGAUGCAGAAAAUGCAAGAGAUGCAGCAGAUAGCAAAUGUUCAGGGUCUGCCAACUGAUCGCAAUACACUCAAUAAGUUGAUGGCCUUACAUCCUGGUAUUAACAAUCACAUGGGUAAUAACCAGCACAUGGUCAAUCGCGGAGCCUUAAGCGGUUCUGCGCAAGCUGCCUUAGCUCUGACUAGUUACCAGAACAUGCUUAUGCGGCAGAACUCCAUGAAUACAAGCUCCAACUCCCUUCAACAAGAGGCAUCUUCUUGCAACCAUUCCAACCAGAACCCACCUUCUACGUAUCAAGGGCCUGCUGUUUUAUCUGGAUCCAUGCAGAAAUUACCUGUCAGCAGCUAUUCAAGCCCUCAUCUCACUCCGCAGCAAACCCAGCAGUUGCAGCAGCGCUCGGGGAGCACCAACAGUUUACUCUCCCCAAACCAUCCUCAGUCGUCCCAAGGCAACCAAGCUUUGGAGCAACAGAUGAUUCAGCAGCUGUUCCAGGAGAUGUCUAACAACAGUUCUGGUCAGAAUACAAAUGGAAAUGUGGCAAAAAAUGGCAUGGGAUAUGGGAGUAAUAAUGCAGCACCACAAGCAUCUGCAUCUAAUGUGUCAGGUGGUGCUGCAGGGCCGGCGCCUAGUAGGAGCAACAGCUUCAAAGCCGCUUCGAACAGUGAGGCCUCUGCGGCUGGUGGCAAUGAUGGUUUCAGCCAGAAAGGGCCUGAUUUGCCUCAGGGUCUCCAUUUACAAGAUGAUAUGGUUCAGGAUAUAGCCCAAGAGUUCACAGAUGGCGGGUUUUUCAACAGCGAUCUUGAUGAUACGAUGGGCUUUGGAUGGAAGGCAUAAGCGAGAGACUAACGUGAUACAAGGUGCAAUCUCCAUUGGCAAAGUGUGUACCCUUUUGUACAGGAUAUUGAAAUAGGUGCUCCUCAUCUUAAUUCUUUUUUUUUUGGCAUCUCUUCUUAUUUAACUUUAUUAAUUGUGGAAUUUGCUGUGACUUGACAAACUUGUUGCAGUAGGUAUUUAGCAAUCUUUUCAGAAGGGUUUCUUGUUUUCAAGUGAUGCAAGUGUAAUCUAGUGAACACAAUCUUGAGAAAGAACUGCUUUGUUUUCGUUCCAA